CAGCAUCUCAAGAGGAAAGAUCCGUUUUGUAUAGAAAUAAGUGAUUGCCAGAGGACAGCCCCAAUGACAGAACUAUCUGCACAUUUACCCCAGUUUCAGCAUGGGCAGCUGACAGAAAACUUCCCUGAUAACCACCUCAGCAAUUCCCAAGAGUCCAUGGCCUCUGCUCUGUUUAAUACUGAUCAGAAUGACCCCAGCGAAAGACGUCGCCAUGAUAAUAGUGAGCGCAGAAGAAAUGACAAUCCCGAGUCUGAGACCAAUGGGCAGCCACAAAACAACAUCCAGCAAGUUGUGGAACAAGACGAAGAAGAUGAGGAGCUGACACUGAAAUAUGGGGCAAAACAUGUGAUUAUGUUGUUUGUACCUGUCACACUUUGCAUGGUGGUCGUUGUUGCAACCAUCAAGUCUGUCAGCUUUUAUACACGCAAGGAUGGACAGCUCAUCUACACUCCUUUCACAGAAGAGACAGAGACAGUAGGACAGAGAGCCCUGAACUCAAUUCUCAACGCCGCUAUCAUGAUCAGCGUUAUCAUUGUCAUGACCAUACUCCUGGUUGUGCUUUACAAGUACAGGUGCUACAAGGUGAUCCAUGGCUGGCUUAUAAUUUCUUCUCUUCUGUUGCUGUUCUUUUUCUCAUUCAUCUACCUGGGUGAGGUUUUUAAGACAUACAAUGUUGCCAUGGACUACAUCACGGUGGCACUCAUAAUCUGGAACUUCGGUGUCGUGGGAAUGAUCUGCAUUCAUUGGAAGGGUCCGCUUCGGCUCCAGCAAGCAUAUCUCAUUAUGAUAAGCGCUCUCAUGGCCUUGGUGUUUAUUAAGUACCUUCCCGAGUGGACUGCAUGGCUUAUCCUGGCUGUCAUUUCAGUGUAUGAUUUGGUUGCUGUCCUGUGUCCUAAAGGUCCUCUUCGUAUGCUAGUUGAAACAGCUCAGGAGAGAAAUGAAACUCUCUUCCCAGCACUUAUUUACUCCUCAACAAUGAUAUGGCUAGUGAACAUGGCUGAGGAAGAUCCAGAAGCCCAAAGGAAAGCUUCCAAAAACUCCACUUAUGAUAAAAAAGCUCCAGCAAACCAGACUCAGAAUGAAGAUGCUGAAGCAGAUGACGGUGGCUUUAGUCAGGAAUGGCAGCAACAAAGGGACAAUAGAAUAGGGCCCAUUGAAUCAACACCUGAAUCGCGUGCUGCUGUUCAGGCUCUACCCAGUAACUCUCAAACCAGCGAAGACCCUGAAGAACGUGAGUAUGGAGUACUGUGUCUGAAAUACUUAGUAAAUCUGAAGCUAGUCUUAGUCAUCGUGACUGCACAGAUACAGUAUGAUGGGAG